AUGACAUCUGAAAAAGAUGUUGGACAUUCAAAAGAUGAUGGAAAAAAUCCAAUUGAAGAAGCAAAAUGUAAAGAACAAAUCCAACAGAAUGUAGCAGAAGAUAAAUUUAAAUCCACAGACGUAGUUCCAAAAAAAGAUGUAGUGGAUUUAGAAAGCAUGUUACGUGAAUUAAAAAUCUUUGGACGCUACCAUAUAAAAUUCGUGUUCUUAGUUGGAGCUCUAACUUUUAUGAGUAUGUGGCAUAGUACCAAUUAUGUUUUUGCUGUUGAGAAUGUUGGUUAUAGGUGUAAAUAUCCAAAUUGUGAUUACACAGAGAUUGUAAAAUUAGAUCAAAAUUCGAGUUUUGAUCAUAAAUGUCAUAAAUAUGCACAACAUGACGAUAACGGUUUCUGUAGAGCAGAAAAUUUCGAUCUAUUUAAUGUAACUGAAUGCGAUGAAUGGAUAUAUGAUAAACCGGACAGUUUUGUGGCUGAGUUUGACCUUGCAUGUGAAGAUUGGAAGAGGACUCUCGUGGGCACUAUGCACAGUGUUGGUUACAUGUUGGGACUCUUUAUAGUCGGGCCUUUAUCAGAUAAAUUCGGCAGAAAGAGUAUAAUAAUCUUGACAUCAGUAGCUGGUUCCCUAAUUGGUUUAUCUAAAAGUUGGGUGUACUCUUACUGGUUAUAUGUAGUCCUUGAGAUGAUGGAACCUUUACUCGGAGAUUGCUACUCUGCUACUUUUACGUUGUCUAUAGAAACUGUCACAAAGGAACAUCGACCCUUUAUAAUAUUCGUGCUCAACUUAUUCACGACUUUUGGAGGAAUCUGUGUAGCAAUCAUAGCAUGGCUUGCACCAACCUGGAGAAUCUUUGUGAUAGUAAUAUAUGCUCCCGGACUUUUGUUCGUUCUUUAUAUAUUCUGGAUGGACGAAAGCCUAAGAUGGCUACUAAACAAAGGCAAGAAAGAUGAAGUUGGUGUUGUGUUUAGGCAAGCUGCGAAGACCAAUAAUAUCACAAUAGAUGAAGGCAAAUUAUCGAAUUUGAAGUGUGAAGACAAUAGCACAAAUAUAAGCUUGAUGGCUUCAUUGAAGAUUACAUUUUCAUCCAAACAGUUGUUUCUAAGACUGUUAUGCUGUAUUUGUAUGUGGUUCACAGCAUUAUUCAAUUCUUACUCUUUAUUAAUUAACUCGGUGUCAUUAAAAGGGAACAAGUAUUUGAAUUAUGGGCUCACAAUACUAUCUGGAAUACCAGCUAGUAUAGCCAUUUAUUAUUUACUGACGAAGUUUAAGAGAAAGAAUCCAUUAAUAUUUGCGUUUUUGCUGACUGGGACUUUUUGUAUGGCUCAUUCUAUUGUGCCAACAGACUACGCUUGGCUGUCCAUAUUGCUAUACGUUUCUGGAAAGUUCUUUUCAACUAUAUCCAUACGUAUAGUUUACAUUUACACAUCAGAAUUAUUUCCCACAUACACUCGGAAUACAAUGCAUGCUCUAUGCUCUGCUUUGGGAAGAAUUGCAGCUAUUAUUGCUCCUCAAACACCAUUAUUAAUGCAGUACUGGCCAGGUCUACCGUCCAUGAUAAUGGGCAUACUGUCCAUACUAACAGCAUGUGUUGUGACGUUACUGCCCGACACGUCGGAUGAAGUAUUGCCGGACAAUGUCGGUCAGGCCGAGGCUGUUGGGAAGAAGGAUAAGAACAACUUUGAUUUCUGUUCUAAAUUGUAA